AUGUCUGGCUCAACGCCAUUUGCAGUCUCUCAACUCCCUCCGCAGGAUGAGAUCAAAAUUCUGCUUGCCGAAGAAAUGAAAGACAGAUUCGUAGGGCCAAUGCCCCUGCAAAAAUUUAUGGAUGACUAUCUGCCGCGACUACCUGGCCAGGAAGCCUGUCCUCACAUUCAUGAGCAGCAUUUCCGUAAAAUACCAGAAGGUGCAUCCGAAAAGUCAUUCUACACGCUCCUGGCAGAUGCUAUGAAGCCAUUCACACCCGGAUUUGAGGUCAUUGACACUAGUCAACACCCUAGCAGCGGCGUUGAAUACGGCGGUUUCAAAUUAAGACCUGACGUAGCACUCUAUCCCAAAGACUGUGGUCGCACCAAGAUCACCGACUUUGAACUCAUGGCUAUGUUUUUGGAGGUCAAAAGUUUGGAUAAGCAUGAUGCGUUCGCGGAUCCUCCGCAGGAUACGCUCUCUAAAUUAUUGGGCGAAGAACUCGACAUAUUUCUGAACAAUUGGAAAUUCGAGUGCGACACGACAAAUGGAAUGCUCACUAGGGGUCAGAUGAUCGCAUAUGCGCUCACGCAGAUUGGGUGUCAAUUCCGCCAAUUUGCAUUCUCGGUCGCAAUCAUCGGCAAGCACGCUCGCAUUUUACGCUGGGACCGUGGAGGGGCUGUGGUGACUGAGAGGUUCGACUAUACGGAACAACCUGGGCUCCUUGCCGAUUUUUUUUGGCGGUUUAGCCUGGCCAGUGCAGAGAGGAUGGGGUUGGACCAGUCAGUAACCGAGGUUGAAGCUGAUUUUGAUACCCUUGAGAUUUGCACCAAGCUCAAAUUGCCAACGUCAACCAAGUUGUUUUAUUAUGGGGUGCCAGAUGAUGACAUAAGCCGCGCUCAUCGAGACGAUCCUGAUCUGACCGCGCUGUAUCGUUACAUUGGUCCGCGUCCUCACUUUCCGUCACGAUCCCUAAUAGGUCGUGCCACGCGUUCACUUCCUGUAUAUGAUCCAGUAAAGGACCGUGUUGUAUACCUGAAAGACACGUGGAGGAUCGACUCCAAUGAUAUGCAGAAGGAAGGCGAUACCUACCGCCAACUGCACGGUUAUCAAGUCCCUCACAUCGCGCCCUUUGAACGUGGCAACGACUUAGAAGGUCACGGGUCACGUACAGUGACGCAUGAAUAUGUAGAGGAGUCGUGGGUGUGCGGUAUGCCUUUUGCCACUGGUCACGUACACUAUCGCAUGGUGCUCGGUGUGGUUGGACGCGAGCUGUCGAUAUUCCGAUCCACAUAUGAGCUCGUGAGCGCGGUGGCCGACGCCUUGGAAGCCCACGAGGAUGCCUAUCAUAAGGCUGGUAUUUUGCACCGGGACGUGAGCGUCGGAAAUCUCAUUGUCACAGACGAUGGGGAGGGUCUUCUCAUCGACUGGGAUUUGUGUCGGAAGCGCGGUACAAUCCAAAAGAGACGUCAUGACCGGACGGUAAGUGGCGGCACUUGGCAGUUCAUGUCAGCAGCAUUAUUGAGUGAUCCGACGAAGCAUCAGGACUUCGAAGAUGAUCUCGAGUCCUUUCUUCACGUGCUGACAUGGACAGCAAUACGCUACUGUCCGAGUAAUUUGACUGCUCAGGAGCGCUCUUCGUAUCUUUCAUUAAUCUUCGACGAAGUACAGGAGAAGAAUGGUGUAUAUGUCGGCGGUGAUUGCAAAUGUGGCCGUCUAGUAAGAAACACGUAUCUCCCGUCCGAGUUGGUUGCAUUCUCAGCCGGUUCACCUCUCCUCGACCUCCUGAGGGAGAUUAACCCUCCUUUUGCCGUGCGUUACCAGGUCCCUCCAUCCAAAGAAGACUUUCAUACCUAUGAAACGACAAGGACUUCCGUUGAGGACUUGACCACUCCGUUUUGGGCCAAUAUCCUUGCCGGCUUGACCUACGGACAGUAUCAACAGAAGCUUGAGAAUCUAAAAAGGCGUUCUUGGUUCCCUUUGAUGAUUCGGGCUUACCUGCAAAACCCAGACCUUACAUGGCCCACGGAUGACAAAGCCGAGCGCUUACCCCUAGGAGCCAAGUCCACUGCUACGAAGAGGCAGAAGGCACAGAACUCGAACCGUAUCAAUAGUCAAGAUGCGGCAAGGGCCCACAGCCGUUUUCCUGGGGAGUUGGACGAUACAGCAGGUCAGAAGUCAACUGCUAAGGAAAACAGGUUGGUAAAGCGUCGAAAGGUUGCGUGA